AUGGAUUCCAUCAACACAAUGACUGAGAAGCAAUCAAGUCCUCCUGCCCAGACUGAGGCUGUUCAUGACAAGCAAGCCCAGCUGAAAGAUCUGAUCGCACGAGCUGCCGCUAAGGAUGCGACAAAAGAUCAUAACACCGCUUCAGAACUCUAUUCCCAAGCCACCGAAUUGCAGGCUGAAUUGAAUGGCGAACUCUCACCGGAGAAUGCGAAUUUACUCUACGCCUACGGAAAAUCUCUUUACAAUGUCGCAGUGAGCAAGAGUGAUGUGCUCGGAUCUAAGGUUGCUGGAGAGCCUCAAGCUCAACCCAACAAAGCCCCUUCAGCGCAUGCUGGUUCUGCCGGAUCAUCUGGCACUGGAAGUAACCCAGUCCAGGAUGCUAUUUCUAAUGCCAUGACCAAAAAACCUUCGUCCGUUCAAGGUAAAAAUGAACAGGCCGAAGUUGCGCAGUCGAAGCCCUUCUUUCAGUUUACUGGCGACGAGAAUUUCGUCGACUCUGAUGAGGAGGAGGAGGAGGAGGAUGCCGAGGCCGUAGAUGAAGAGGAUGAGGAUGAUUUCGCCAAUGCUUUCGAGGUUUUGGAUUUGGCGCGUAUUCUCUACCUGAAAAACCUCGAGGUCGCAGAGAAAAGCGACAACGCCAAGGGCAAAUCAACUGAGCUAUCGACAGAAGUGAAGCAUAUCAAAGAACGACUGGCCGAUACAUACGACCUUCAGGCUGAAAUUUCCCUGGAAGCAGAGAGGUUCAGUGAUGCGGUGACUGAUUUGCGAACUGCGCUUGCUUUGAGAUAUUCCUUGUUCCCGUUCGAAGAUCCCUCAGUUGCCGAGUGCCACUACAAACUUUCCCUUGCUCUCGAAUUUGCAUCAGUUCCGCAAGAGGAUGAAGACGGGGAGAAGGACAAAACGGUGGAUGAGGAAAUGCGAAAGGAAGCUGCGAUUCAAAUGGAGCGUGCCAUUGAGAGCUGUAGGGUUCGAAUGACCCAUGAGGAGGAGAAACUAGAGGCCGCUAAGGACAUGGAUGAAGACAAGGUGACUGCCUCAAAGAGGAAAAUUGCAAAUGUCAAAGAGAUCAUCGCAGAUAUGGAGCAACGACUGAUCGAUCUACGACGCUCCCCUGCGUCUGUUGACCAGGGCAAUCAGGAGAAUGAAGCCUUUCUCAAAGGUAUUCUCGGCCAAAUCGUGGGUCAGUCUGCCAAUGAUCAGAAGGCUCGACUGGAUUCUGCCAGCAAGGAAGCAACCGAUCUUUCCUCGCUAGUUCGUCGAAAGCCUGCAACUCAGCCUGCUUCGCAAUCUACGGCAUCUAAACGCCCCGUUGGAGAUGCUCCCUCUGAGAGUGGCUCGAAACGUACACGCGUGGAUGAUGCUCCCUCUUCAUGAAUGCAAUUCUGAC